AUGGAGGAGCAGGUCUUGCUUCUAGAAUAUUGUUGCAAUAAGGUGAUCCGUCUCCACGAGCCCGCCGUGGAUUUCAUCGACAACAAACUUCGACAAUCUGAGAAACCCUUUGCAGACUCCAAGGCCCAGUACGAUCCAGUUCCCAGGCAAUACAUCCACAGUCCAAGGCCAUCUGCGCAUGUCGUCCCCGCUGAGAGGGGCAGGGAGUUGCAGGCUAAGUACUUCGCGGAAGCCCUUACUGCCUUCCAAGACUCCCAUCCUCUACCAAAGUCUCUCGCCAAAAGCCGCUUCAGCAUCCGCAAUAAACCAACAUGGGAUGCCAUCUUCCAAGAGGUCAAGGAGGCAGAGGCCAAGUAUACGGCAGUGAAUUGUUCCUCCAAAAUCCAUCUCCCAUGGAGAUGGGUUGGCAAGCAUGCGGCCGGGCUAAAGACGUACACAGCCUUCAUCCCCAGCGGAACUUACACUUCGAUCCUGAGUGUCAGUCUGGGGAUUAUCUUUGAUGCCGCCACGCGCAUGCAGAAGCUGCGAGCUACUGCGUUGGAGGGCCUAGAGAGCGUUCCUGGCCAUUUGCAAAACGUGAUCGAUUAUCUUGAAGAGUAUGACGUGGAUGAGCGAAUUCACCGCGCCACGGUAGCCUUCUACGUUGCCAUCCUCGCCGCUCUAGAGGAAGUAUUGGUCUUCUACACAAAAUCAGCAGAUGCCGAUGAAUCCAGGAUGACAAUUGCGAGGCUUGAAAACUACAUGCUCACAAUGCUGAGAGACCGUGUUCAAGAAUCUGAGUGGAAAAUGGAGGCUGCCAGGCUACUAGAAGAGUUGAGGAAAGAAAGGAGGCGAAAUCAGAGAAAUCCGAGGAGCUAUCAAAAUUUACAGAAGCUGUUCGCAUCCCGCGUGGCCCUCUCCCCGUCACCGGCUCCGGGUGGAUGCAUCGAUCAGCCGCAAUUAUUCAAUCUGAUCAACAUCGAACCCCAUUUUGCGGAAGCAGGACUACAGCGGGUCAUCUCCGCCUGCAGAAACCAGUCCCUGGCACUACAGAGCCGCGCCUUGUGGCUCCUCCGCUCGCAGCGUCUCCAGCAAUGGCUCAACUCACCACACUCGGAUGCGGUCCUCAUCCACGGAAAUUCUGACCCGGAGAAGCUAUCUCCAGUCUCGUUCUUUUGCGGCCUGCUGAUCCGAAGCCUCGCAGACAUUGAGCCGGCCCGCGUGGUGCAUUUCUUCUGCGGCAUCCAUUCCGCUCCGCAUGAUCCUCUAACAGGCGCGCGAGGUCUCCUCCGGAGUUUGAUUGCUCAGCUUCUUUGCCAAGAUGGCUAUGACGUUGCUUUCCUGAAACGCCGUGACGUCCAUGCUAUCGGAUGUAUGGAACUUGGUGCUUUGCAAGAUCUUUUCAUCAACCUAGUGGCACAGUUACACGCCAGCACGGUCCUCUUCUGCGUGCUGGACGGCAUCAACUUCUACGAGACCGAUAAGCACGCGAUAGAGACAGGGUCCGUCUUUAGGCAGAUCAUGGAUCUGGUACGGGCAGAUGAGAGCCGAGCGGUAGUAAAAUUCCUCGUGACGAGCCCCUCCAAGACGAGGCACGUCGAGCAGGCAUUCCCUGCCGAGGAUCGUAUUACGAUUCCCAGAACUGUGGCGAACGAGGGACAGGAACUGACUGGGCGGAUGUUUUUGAAGGCUAUUACUCCCAAGGCGGAAAGAAUGGCCAUCGAAAGAGACGAGACGGCCUAG